AUGGGAGGUGGAAAUAGGCGUGGUGAGACUGGAAGCGCCGGCGGAGAUCCGAAGAGCAAGAUGAUAAUUAAUCAGAUCAUGUUGAGAUACCGGCCGAUAGCGCCGAGGCCGGUAACGGUGGAGAGGUCAGUCGGAGUGUUUCCGUUGAAGGAAAAGAGACCAAAGCGGAAGUACGUUCGAGUGAAGAAGAAGAUGGCGAGAAAGUGUAAACUGACGGUGGUAGAUGAUGGUAAACGAUGGCGGAGUUUGGAUGAGACGAUGGCGAUGCUGGAGGUUUCAAACGGAGGUAAGUUUGUUGUAACAGAUCCGGUGGGGAAAGUCCCGGAGUUUAUUAGUUUCGAUGUGUCUGGACAUAACAGGAGUGAUAUUAUCGGUAGUUUGAUAACGCCGGGUCCGCCGUCGGUAGUUCUGCAUGAAGUAGAUCUGGCGAUGACGGUGAAGCGAGGAGCGGUGAUUGAGUCGUGGAUCACGAUGGAAUCUGUUACAGGAAUGUGUGAAGAUGGGAGAUGGUUACGUUGUAUGGACGAUGAGAUAAUGAAAGAUCUGGAGAUUGAUAGCUGUCCGAGUUUCAUAUCCAACAGUUACAAUGAGGUCCAGUGGGUGAAUCGAGCGUACCGGAGGAUGGUGGAUCCAAAUCCUGACGGUGGAGCACCGCCGUGUGAGGUGUUGGUGCGGCUAUGUGCAAAAGCGGCGGUAGUAAAAUACUGGCCAGCUUUUUCAUGCAGAGUGAGAUUGGUGUAUAAGUUAUCGGAGAAAAAGAAGCAGAUCACUGUGCCUUGCGACGUCUGGAAGAUGGAUUCCGGUGGCUAUGCAUGGAGAUUGGAUGUCGAAGCUGCUUUGAGCUUGGGGAGGUUGAAUUAA